UUCCGAUCCAUGUCCGUGCUGCCUUCCCUUCCCUUUCACAUCUGGCCGGGAGGAACUUUCCGGCCUGGGGCGCAGAGUAGAUGAAGAAGAUGAUGACGAGGGCCGGGACUUGAUUCGCUGACCCCGAUCGACAGUCGCUUCCGUUGGGAUGGCGAACGGACUGAUAGCGAAAUCAGUCGACCGCUUACGCUUGAUAUUGUUGAUAGGAGGGGUUUGGGAGGUUGAGAAUGGAUCGAGAAGUCGACUCCGGGAUGGGGAUCGAGACUUGCUUCGCCGUGUCGAGGGCUCAGCUGCUGAGUGCAUGCGUGGAGUCGGAGUGGCGGGGGCAGAGGUUUUUCGGCUCGCCGUGCUUCGGUUAGGGAUCGCUGCGUUACGUUCCAAACGGCUCAUGGAUUCGACAGAAAGAGGGAAGAGGUGCAGACGAAUUGAUGUAGGGGGUGGGUGGCAGAAGACGUAGAGAGCAAGCUGGUCCACGCGUUAGAGGAGGAAAGCAGUGGGCCCUGCUCUCUUCAUAAGCCGAGGGGCGUCGUGGCUUGAAACACGGUCGGGCCAAAGAGGUGGCCCUGGGACGACAGGUAAAGGGAGAGCGAGAACAAUGUGGUGCUGAGCUUUCUCAGGAAUGUGACUGUAGCGGCGAUCAAAGCACCAGCGGCAAAUCGGCGAUCACACAGCACAAAGACACGUCUUAUUAAU